CGUCGUAUUGUGGCCGCUGCCGAAGCGCCGCAAAAUGGCCGCCGCGCCGUCUGGAGCCGCCGCCCCCGGAUCGGCCCCGCCGGAGGGAAAGCGGAUCGCGGAGCUGCGCGUCAUCGACCUCAAGUCGGAGCUGAAGCGCCGCAACCUGGACACGGCCGGCGUGAAGACCGUCCUCAUCGCCCGCCUCAAGCAGGCUAUUGAAGAGGAAGGAGGAGACCCUGAUAAUAUUGAAAUAGCAGUUUCGACAGAUGCCCUGAAUAAGAAGCCAACCAAAGGAAAAGGUAAAAAGCAGGAAAUUGAUGAACUAAGUGGUGAUGCUUCCGUGGAAGAUGACUCCUUGGUUAAGGAGUGUGAACUGGAAACCCACGAUGCAAGUGAUCAUGAUGGAAAUGAUGAAUUGAAAGAAUCUGAAGAAUCUGCUGAAAAUGAAGAAUUCUUGAAUUCUACCAUGCUGCCUCGUGCCGAUAAGAAGAAAUCUAAUUUAAAGCAGAUAGAGAAAGAGUUGGAAAAUCAGUGCAUCGAUAUUCAAGAUCUGGAAGAUGACAAUUUUGCUCCCACUCAUGACGGAGAAGAGAAUGAGAGAGAUAAAGCAGGUUCUGGUGAUGGUACACAAGAAGUAUCUAAACCUCUUCGUUCAGAAGAGAGCCUAGCUGAGGCUGAUCACUCGGCUCAGGAAGAGAUGGAAGCUAACGUCUCUCUGAAAGAAGCUGAUGAUGAUAACAUAUCGGUUACAAUCCAGGCCGAAGAUGCCAUCACUCUGGAUUUUGAUGGGGAUGACCUUCUGGAAACAGGUAAAAAUCUGAAAAUUACAGAUUCAGAAGCAAGCAAGUCAAAAGAUGGGCAAGAUGCCAUUGCACCGAGUUUGGAGAAAGAAGGCAAAGACUAUGAGAUGACCAAGAACCAUAAAGAUGGUAAGAAGGAAGACUGCGCGAUGGGGGAGCCUGUCAAGAAGGAAGCCCGAGAAAGCUCGAAGAAAGCAGAAUCUGGAGACAAAGACAAGGAUACUUUGAAGAAAGGUCCCUCGUCUACUGGGGCCUCUGGUCAAGCAAUGAGCUUGGCCAAGGAGUCUAAAGAAAGCAAGAGCACCUCCAAAGAUGACAAAGGAAGUGCCAGCAGCGGGAGCAGCUCCACUAAGAACUUAUGGGUUAGUGGAUUGUCCUCCAAUACUAAAGCCGCUGAUCUGAAAAACCUCUUUGGCAAGUAUGGCAAGGUCCUUGCUGCAAAGGUGGUCACCAGUGCCCGAAGCCCUGGGGCAAAGUGCUACGGCAUCGUGACCAUGUCCUCGAGCACCGAAGUGGCAAGGUGCAUUGCCCACCUUCACCGCACAGAGCUCCAUGGGCAGCAGAUUUCCGUUGAGAAAGUCAAAGGUGAUCCUUCCAAAAAAGAACUGAAGAAAGAAAGUGAUGAGAAAUCUGGCUCUAGCAGGAACCCUGGAGAAAAGAAGACUACAUCGAGUGACAAAAGCAGCAAAACUCCCUCCAAAAAGGAGGACAAGAAAGCUGAUAAAUCUGAGAAGAAAGAGAACAAGGAUAUGAGGAAGCCCGAUGGAAAGGAUGAGAAGAGUGAUAGUGGAUCCGGCUGCACCAGCCAAGAGCCUGCUAAGACCCCUGAGGACAGGAAACGGCUGAGUGUAAAAAGUCCAAGUCAUAUGGUCAUUUUAGACCAAACCAAAGGAGAUCAGAUUCACCCGAGGGCCAUAAGAAGAGGAAGGUUUGAGAAGCCACCUAUGUUAAGGAACAAAGAGCGUUUUCUUCACGAUAAAAUGAAGUUCAGAGACUACCGAGGCAGAAAGGACAUUUUGCCUUUUGAGAAAAUGAAGGAGCAACGCAUGAGGGAACACAUUGCGCGAUUGGAACGAAUACGCCGUGCUGUGGAGCUCAGAAGGCGAAGGGAAAUGGCAGAGCGAGAGAGGCGGGAGCGUGAGCGGAUCCGACUGCUGCGGGAGCGUGAAGAGCGGGAGCGGCUGCAGAGGGAGCGGGAACGGCUGGAAAUAGAGCGGCAAAAGUUGGAACGGGAGAGGAUGGAGCGGGAGCGCCUGGAACGGGAACGCAUUCGGAUUGAGCAGGAGCGACGUAAGGAGGCGGAACGGAUCGCUCACGAGAGAGAAGAGCUCCGCCGUCAGCAGCAGCAGCUUCGCUACGAGCAAGAGAAAAGGAACGCCCUAAAGCGGCCUCACGAUGUGGAUCACCGAAGAGACGAGUCCUACUGGAAUGAAAGCAAGAAGAUGACUUUGGACACAGAUGCCCGCUUCGGCCAUGGCUCUGACUACAGCCGGCAGCAGAACCGCUUUACUGACUUUGACCACCGGGACCGGAACCGAUACCCCGAAGGCUCGGCAGUGCAGCCCUCGUCCUUUGACAGGCGUGAACGAUUUGUCAAUCCAAGUGAUGGCAAAAAGACUCGUCCAACUGGAAGAAGGGAGGAGCCUGGAUUUGAGAGGUACCCCAAGAACUUUGAUUCGAGAAGAAAUGAACCCCCUCAGCCUCGCAACGAGCUCCGAGACAGCGACAGGAGAGAAGUGAGGGGAGACCAUGACGAGAGGAGGACUGUGAUCAUUCAGGAGAGGCCCAAGAUCCCUCACGGCCGGCACCCACGGGAAUCCGGGCCCAACCCCUCCCGGCAAAGCUCUUGGAAGGGUGAAGGAGGCAUGAACCCCGACAAGCGGGAUGCCAGAGAAAGGACCGAAAGAUCCGGCCGAGAGGUCUCCGGGCAUGCUGUGAGAGGGGGCCCCGCAGGCAGCCGCAGCGGCGCAUCUGGCUAUGGAAGCAGAGAGGCGGAGCGGGGCGUGAUCGAGCGGGGCAGUGGCGGACAGCAUUAUAAUGAAGACCGCCAUGUGGUUGAGCGGCACGGCCGUGAUGCCGGACCAAGGAAAGAGUGGCACGGCCCCAAUUCGCAGGGCAGCAGUUACCACCACGACACAAGGAGGAUGGGAGACCAAACCGGAGGCGGCAUGAUGUCUUCUCACUUAAGUAAUUCUUCACCCAUUAACAGAGUUAUACAAAUUGCCGGCAGUUCCAUGCAGAGGGGAAGCGGUUCUGGAUUUAAGCAAUUUAAGAGUGGACCUCCACGAAGAUUUUGAGCCCUUUCACCUGCUCGCUCCUUGGUUUCAAGAUAACUUAUUGGAAAUCUCUUGUGAACAGAAAGCUUUGGAUAAGAAAACUUGUCUUUUUAAAAUUUUAUUUUAACAUAGUUACUUUUUCCUCACUUUGGAGGCAUUUUAAGUAAGUUAGGCUGUUGGGUUUGGGGUAGUUCAUGAUCUCUUUUGAAGAGCGCUGCUCCCUCUAACUCUAGGAGCUCCCAAAUAAAUGGGAAGCAAAGACAUGCGCGCUGUACAGAAACCCGGUAGUUUUCAUUUACCAGCAGUAGCUCUGUGAACGUCAGGCUUGAAAAUUAGGUACUUGCCACAAAAUAUAUGGGUAACUGAAGCUGUACAUCAAAAAAACAAAACAAAACCCCUGCUUUUUGGUGUGUAGAAAAUACGGAUGGUGGUUUUAAUUUCUGGGUAUUAUGUAACUAUUUUUGCAGAACUUGUUACACUGAGUGGAUCCUUAUCCAAACCAAUGUAUCUCCUUUCCAAAUAAACUUCAUAAUCUCUAUAGUA